CAUCUCUAUUACUUAAAUAUUUGGUCAAUUUAGUGGAAAAAUGAGUCUCACACAAAUUGCCAAACGUUUUUUGCAUGCUCCGAUUCGUCGUGCCAGUGGAUGGAAGCGGACACAUCCUUCAGCUGACCGCAAUUCGCAGCCCAUAGCGGAGGCGCUGCUCGCCCAGGUGGACAAACAGACUCCAAAUCUACGCUUGCUAGAAAUCGCCUCCGGCUCCGGCCAACAUGUGGGCUACCUGGCGCCACUGUUGCCGAAUAUAAGCUUUCAACCGACAGAAGUCGAACGUAGUCAGUUUCCAUCGAUUCAGGCAUACGCCACAGACUGUGCCACUUGCAACAUUAAACUGCCGCUCUAUGUGGACAUUACGCAGACAGUGGACCAAUGGCAGCCGGAUACGUUAGGUGCUGUGAAGGCCGGUAGCUAUGAUUACAUGUUCAACUCCAACAUGAUGCACAUCAGUCCUUGGGCCUGCUCCGUGGGUCUGUUUCGUGCAGCGGGCCAGCUGCUGAAAUCCUCCGGCAAGCUCUUCACAUAUGGACCGUAUGCCCAAGAUGGUGUCCUGACGCCGGAGAGCAAUGUUAGGUUCGAUGCGGGCUUGCGUAGCCAAAAUGCCGAAUGGGGCGUGCGAGACAUCAAGGAUCUGAAGCCAUUGGCCGAGCAGAAUGGAUUGAAACUGGAAAAGAUUACUGAUAUGCCAUCGAAUAAUAAAUUCCUAACAUGGCUCAAGUUGUAAACUGAUUACGUAUCGAGCCAUUAUGAUUUUCGCUGUAUUCGAUAGAUAACGUAAAAAUGGCCAUAAAUUUAAUAUCAAUGUA